GCCCUGAAGUACCUGGACCUGGUGCACAUCCAGAAGAAAGCCUCCAUGGUGGUCCGCAGGCUGCUGCGCAGACGCUGGGUCCUGGGGGUCGUCCUCGGCUUGUCCCUCCUUUACUUUCUCACAAGCACCUUCAAACAGGCCUAAUCUACAGGUUUGAAGACGUAGAUCCCUCACUGAACACCUGAUGUAUUGUGUGCAGGAGGAGCGCCCCGUACACGACCGGACGCUCCUGCAGGCGAGGGAAUCCGACCACCACAUUCCCUGGAGAGUGAAGUUUAACCUGGGCAACAGCAGCAGGCAGAUCACGCAGUGCAGAAACUCCAUACAGGGGAAGGCGCUCCUCACAGACGAGCUCGGUUAUGUGUGUGAGAGGAAGGAUCUGCUGGUGAACGGUUGCUGUAAUGUGAAUUCUCCGAGCUCCAGGCAGUACAUCUGUAAGAGCUGCCUGCCCAACGGCUGCUGCAGUGUGUACGAGUACUGCGUCUCCUGCUGCCUUCAGCCUGACAAGCAACCUCUUCUGGAACGUUUUUUAAACAGAGCAGCAGAGGGGUUUCAGAAUCUCUUCACAGCAGUGGAGGAUCACUUCGAGCUGUGCCUAGCCAAAUGCCGCACCUCCUCACAGAGUGUCCAGCAUGAGAACACCUACAGAAACCCCCAGGCCAAGUACUGUUAUGGAGAUAGCCCCCCGGAGCUCCUGCCCAUCUGAAGCUUCUGAAUCACGUCUCGAUCAGAAACGUUCACAUUUCAGCUCGCCUAACGACGGAGUGUAGAUCUGUGUGAAGAGACGAUGAUAUGCUACCUCCCGCUUCAGGUUGUUUUUUUGGACAGUUUGGGUCUUUUUAAGUCCCAAAUAGGCGAUGAACUGAACCUAAAUCAUAAAAAUCAUAACGUGGCAGCGGGGAAGAAGGAUGGACGGAAUUGUGUACACUUCAUAAGUGCAUAGAACCAUCUUAACCUCAUCAGUGAUGAUCAUUUAUGUUGCUUUUUAGGCAGAACUGCAUUCAGAUACGCAUUUUUUUGUUUGUUUAUUUUAUAACGUGGUGCUGCAAGUAUUUUCAGGGCCACUUCAUGCUUUAUUAAAGACACGCCUUUCCAGGUAAAAUGAGCAGAAACUUCAGAUGCAUCGUCUACAUCCAGUGGGCGUGACGCUGCAAGCUGCGUUAUUGUUUCAGAUUAGACCAUUUAUUCAUAUACAUUCAUUAAAAUCUCAUAAAUUAAAGUGUAAUUCUAAUGUAGUGCAUAUGAAUGCAGUAAAUGUUGAUUCCAGUAGAAAAUAAAAGAAAAUACAAAACUUU